AUGGCGAAGAGCGACCACACCACGCCCCUGAAUAUCGCCUACCUUGGCCCCGAAGCCUCAUUCUCCCACCAAGCAGCCAUUGAAGUCUUUCAAACCUCACCAUCGUCUGGCCAUGCCGUCUCUUUACACCCACUCCCUUCCUUCUCGGCCAUAUUCUCGGCAAUUCAAUCCACGGAGGACUCUGAACAAACUGCACGCUAUGAUUUUGCGGUCGUCCCUAUAGAAAACAGCACCAACGGGUCUGUCGUCCAGGUCUUUGACUUGCUGGCCCGGUGCGGUCACUCCCCAACUCUCUACCCUGACUUGGAAGUCUGUGCGGAAUAUUAUCUUCCUGUACACCACUGCUUGUUCGUCUCGCCUCCUUCAGAACCAUUUCCAACUUCCUCUCAGCCCUCGGAACAAUUAGACGAGCUCAAGGAGGGAUUGCUCCACUCGGUUCGCACACUGUACACUCAUCCACAAGUCUGGGGUCAGUGUAACCGUUAUCUUUCCAAAUAUUUCCCCCCCAACGUCGUGGAGCGAAUUGACGUGGGAAGUACCUCUGCUGCUGCUCAGCUGGUUGCUCGCGAGUCCCAAGCCCAGACCCAGAGCGGCAAGCCCAACACGGUCGAGGGGAUCAGUGCAUCCAUCAGUCCAAAGCUCGCUGGAGAAAAGCAUAAGCUCCUCUGCCUGGCGGAGAAUAUCGAGGACGAGCCAGGGUUCAACACGACGAGAUUCCUUGUCGUGCGAAAACGGAAGGACCAGAGACAGUCCGAAGAAUUUCAAGCCUCCUUAUUUCUGCACAGUAACGAUGUUACCGAUUUAAGAUAUAAAUCCUUUAUCUCUUUCACUAUCCCACAUUCUCAACCAGGCAGCCUGGCCGAUGCAUUGGCGGUCUUUAAACACUACGGGUUUAAUCUGACGAGCAUUGACACCCGGCCCAGCAGGACGCGGAACUGGCAGUAUGUGUUCUUUGUGGAGUGUGAGGAGGCCACCUCAAGUCAACUUAACCGUGCAGUUGCGCACGUCCGUAGGGCUAGGGACGACGUACAGGUUGGAGACGAGGACGGCAGAGGCAAAACCAAUCUUAUCAAGAUGCUCGAAGAGCUAGGCAAGUUCACUGAGACUUUGAGAUAUCUUGGGAGAUUUGUGGAUCGAUUGCCUAGGGACCAGCAAGAAGAUGAACCAGAAGGGUGA